ACCACCUCCGCCGCCGCUGCCGCCGCAGGCUUUAAAGUCCCCCCUCGAGGACUCCGCGUCGCAACUUUCCAUUCGAGCGCCCCUGUCGCGUAGGGACAGGAGGAAGUGUGAAGCCGGGCUGAUGACUGCUGAUGAUCCCACUGGUCACAGAGUGCUGCUCGUCUCACUGCGCACACGCCAGACCGGUUGGAGAGAGCAGCUGAGCGAGGAGGAUGGCAGAGCUAACGUUGGCUAACCCUCUCCUCACUCAUCUCCUGGUGGCGCUCUUCGGAAUGGGCUCCUGGGUCUCGGUCAACGCCCUGUGGGUCGAGCUUCCAGUGGUGACAAAAGUGCUCCCGGAAGGAUGGAACCUGCCAGCGUACCUGACAGUGCUGAUCGCACUGGCUAACGUGGGGCCUCUGGCUGUGACCUUGGCCUAUCGCCUGGCCCCGGGGCUGCUGAACGAGGGCUACAUGAUCCACUUGGUGCAGGGGCUGAGCGUGGUGGCCUCGGGUCUGCUGGCCUGCUUCUGGCAUCGGACGGUGUCUGCUGGCGAGCGGCAGGUCAGUGUGGCCUAUCUCAGCCUGGCCUUCGUGCUGGCACUGGCCUGCUGCACUUCCAACGUCACCUUCCUGCCCUUCAUGUACCGCUUGCCGCCUAGGUACAUCCGCACCUUCUUUGUGGGGCAGGGGCUGAGCGCACUGGUGCCCUGCAUGGCUGCCCUGGCACAAGGCGUGGGCAAGCUGGAGUGCCGCAACCAAUCCCUGGGGAACGCCUCCGAGCUGCGGCCUGAGUACCUACAGGAGAACUUCGAGGCCUCCACCUUCUACUGGUUCCUGUUGGCGACCCUGUUGGUGUCCUGGCUGGCCUUCACCACCCUGACGCAGGUGGUCAUGCCUCGGGCCCCUGGAGGCUCGGGGCCCGGGGGAGCAGGGGACAUCGUGGAGUCGGACCCCCUCUCUGAGGAUGAUUCAGAGGCCAGCAAACAGGCUCCCCAGCCACAACCCCUACCCACGUUCUGGACGUCCAGAAACAUGUACCUGCUGGCUCUGAUGGGCUUCUCCAACGCCCUGGUCAAUGGGGUCCUGCCCUCCAUCCAGACCUACUCCUGUCUGCCCUACGGCUUCCUGACCUUCCAUCUGGCUGUCGUCCUCGGCAACCUGGCCAACCCCAUCGCCUGCUUCAUAGCCAUGUUCAUCCUGUGCAGGUCGGAUGUGGUUCUGGGGAUCCUGACUGUGCUCGGGACCAUCUUUGGUGCCUACAUCCUGGCUCUGGCAGCUCUGAGCCCCUGUCCCCCGCUGCUGAGAGAGGUGUCAGGGGACACGCUGGUGGUGUUGGGAUGGAUUAGUUUCACUGGUGUCUUCUCCUACCUGAAGGUGACGUUGGGCAGCCUGUUGCACGAGGCAGGCCACAAGGCGCUGAUAUGGUGUGGGGUUGCCAUCCAGGCCGGCUCCCUGCUCGGGGCCCUGGUCAUGUUCCCAAUGGUCAGUAUCUACCAACAAUUCCAGGCCAGCGAGCCCUGUGUGGACAACUGCAGCCUAUGACCUCCCUCCCAACCCACCUACCACAUCCACUUCAGACCCAACUCACAUCCAACUGGCCCUCACCCUCAACCACCUAUCCACACCCAAACCAGCCCACCCACACAAACAUUUCACCCACUGUUUAUGUGAAGGCCUUCAGUGGGUCACACGGUGACGGAGGGAGACAACGAUGCAAAUCCUGGGCUGGGCUGUGAUUGCCGUUGGUGUAGUGACUGUGUCCACCAGUAAGGGGAAACCAUAUUUUGUAAACCAAAUCCGGGGGGGAACGCACAUGUAUAAAACCAACUCCGCACAAUCGCUGAUGCUGGAGAAGUGUGUUGGAGGGAAUUAAUGGCUGUGUCUCUCUUGAUGAGUGUCUCCGGUUUACAAUGUUAUUGUUCUCGUUCAGUUUGAUGCUGACAUCAAGACGGGGGGGGAAGUUGGCCCCAGGGACACAAUCCUGAUCCGGGUCCUGUCCUGGGAAUCGGGGGCAUACAGCUGCACCCUUUCCAUCAGCUACACAUAGCCUUCGGUCUCCCAGCGACAGCCUUCCCUUGGCCCGAGAAAACGAGUUCUCUUCUGGGCCAACAACAACAACGACAACUGUCAUUUAUAUGGCACUCCUCACACAGGGUAUGGGGGGCUGCACAGGGACAGAGUCAGACACCAAGCUUGACGGGGUGGUGAGUGGCAGAGGUAACAAUUAAGACCCCGAUGAAAAGGAGUAGGAUUUGAAGAUAGAAUCCCCAGAUCCAACCCUCUUCGCUGUAUGUGUGUGUGUGUGUGUGUGAGACGCUGCUCUGCGCAGAAUUGUCACACAGUUUGCUACGGAAACAUUCGACCACAAUGACCAGUCAAGCACUGUGAAAGAGUGAGGGUCUCUACACUGACUGAGAGUGAGGUGAGAUUGUGCCAUUUUUUUCGCCACAGGCGGGUAAGGAGGAUUGCUAUCAUGUGCCACGUUUGCUGGAUGUUUAUUAAAUAAUGACUUUUAUCAAA